CCGAGGGCCAAGGCAGUGUCAUUAAUGUGGUUGAAGAUUUGAAGUCAUUGGCAAAUUUGGCAAAUUUGGUUGGUUAACACGUCGACUGGUUUGCACCAGCGAAUUAAAAGAGGAAAUGCAGGCUCCAAUCAUGGCGCUUGUGGCUGUGACAUCCAUUUUGUCGGCUGUUAGUGUCAUUAUUCUUUUCAAUGUUUUCAUAAUGUCGGGCACUAGUAGACGCAUCGCGUGGAAUGACAGCAGUCCCUCUUUCGACAAGGUAAGCGCCGUCCGCAACAGGCGACUCCAAGGACAACAAAAUUCCAUCCAGAUACUUGAUGAUGUUCUCAUCGCACACCACGGUGCUGUCGUUUCGAGAACCGAGAAACCUGCGGUGGGGACCGCCGCCUGUGCUAUCCAUGCUCUUACACUUUCCUUGGAUGAAAACACGAUCUACUAUACUGAAUCGUGCAGAGAGGCGGUCAACUUGAAUGGCUCCGAGUCGGCCAAUGCUACGCUCUACACUGACAGUGACAGGUCGACUGUGAAGAAGGCAGAGUGGAUAGCCGGCGUGAAGGGUUACAAAAUCUCACAGAUUGCUGAGCCAUGGGCCGCACAUACCACUGAGACCAGUACUAGAGGGAUUGCUAACAGCUCUGAGUCAGACUUGGGAGGACUGUGGGGACUGCUGACAUUGGAUGCCACACAUUUGCUUGUGUCCAGUAGGGACCACAAUGUUCUUUGCCGUAUGGAUGUCACUUCAGGGCAAUGCGAGAACAUAAUGAUGUUGACGUCGCCGAUGCAAAUGGCUAAACAUCCAACGGAUAAUCUCUUAUUCGUAUCGUUAACCGAUCGCAUUGUUACGGUCGACUUUCGUCAAUCUUGGUCUCAAACGAUCGUUACGAUACUCGCCGGUCCGACGACCAAUCAGGAAACACUGGGCUAUCAGGACAGUCCAUCCCGGGAGAUGGUACGGUUUGGUAGUCCUCUGAUCGACCCGCAAGCUGUCUCGCAGGAUGGGAGGUGGUUAUACGUCGCGGAUCAAGCGAACAAUGCAGUGCGGAAGGUGAGCACUUCCACAGGUGCGACAACCACUGCAGCAGGAGGCAGAAAUGCCACGAUAACUGCUGAUGGGGGAUUCAAUAGAUCGAGUGGCAUGGUUCUGACGUCAAACGGGUGCAACCUAUUCAUCUCUGAAGGCAGUGGAAGGCUCCACCUUGUAGCCCUCCAACGACCUUCGGGUUAUGUUGUUGGUAUCAAGACAGUGGCGAAUAUACGAAAACCGGACGGUUCACCGCAGUGGAUCAGCAGUAUGAUUCUUUCGAUGGACGAUCAGCGCUUGUUUCUCGCCACUAACGAUGGACAGAUUCUAAGUCUUCACUUCAAUGUUUCUGCACUUCAAGCCUGUGACAGCUGCAAUGCCACACAACUCACCACAGCAGGAGGCCCUGCCGCCGCUGCCGGUGCUCGAUACAAGAAAGCGGGUGCCCUUGUCGGCUUAGCAGUGGGGUUGGGGUUGUCCGUCUCGAUUCUGUGUAUAGUUGCUGGCGCUGCUGCGGCCGUGUUCUUCGGCAAGGCCCGAUGCUGCACCUACUACCAGAGAGGAUCGCAGACUGCACUCCCUGCCAAAAGCACACACCGGAGCGACGAGCGGAGUGAUGGAGCACAAGCUGGAACCGUUACAGAUGAAAACACGAUGAACGAUAACUUAAAACCAGGGCAGUGCCGCUCCUCGAUCUCUGUACCGGCUGUUUCACUGAGCGACAUAAUAAUUCCUGAGAGCACCGUUUCUCCCCGGACUGACGACAGUCGUAGUAGUAAGGAACCAUUGCUGGCGAAUAGCAUCUGGGAGUUUCCACUCAGCAUGAUGGAGUCAGUUCUGGCAGAUGAAUACACAGUGACUGUGAGGAGUGGUGGAUUUGGGGAUGUGUACAAAGCACGCAUGGAUAUAGGAGGGAAGCAAAUGGAUGUAGCCAUCAAGGUUAUGAGAGGAGAAAUCAACGAGCAAAAUUUCCGGCAGUUUAAGGCAGAGCUGAUUGCCCUCUCAAGUGCGAACCACAAAGCGAUCUGCAGGUUGUUAGGAGUCUGCACAGAGAGAGAUCGCUUUAUCCUUGUCUACCCGUUUGUAAAGGGUGGCUCCCUGUUUGAUAGAUUGCACAAUCGCAUGUCAGGGGCACGGGCAGGGGUAGGGGUAGGGGUAGGGUACUCGGAGCAGGGGCACCAGCAUGUGAGCAAGAUAGCAAGCUGCUUGCAGUACCUUCACCACGGAUUGCCACAGCCCAUCCUGCAUCGUGACGUGAAGAGCGCCAAUGUGUUGAUUGACAUAGACGGCAAGGCUGUUAAUGCAUAUCUCACUGAUUUUGGGGUUUCCAAGAUACGAGAGAAUGGACUCGGAGUUGGAAAACCAGGCUAUACAAGUCUGCCGACAUCGACUGUCUCCGGGACUCCAGGAUAUCUGCCGCCGGAGUAUGCUCAACAGCACAAGCUGACGAUGUCAUGUGAUGUUUUUGCCUUCGGUGUUGUUCUUCUGGAGCUUGUGACGGCUCAUGCGGCAUUCGUAAGAGGCAAGCCGCUGUACUUGUGGACACGAAAGCAGUUGGAAGGUACAAAGUUUAAGGGGGGGGUCAUAAUGGAUUCAAUUUGGCGACAGAGGGGUGGACCUACCAUCGAUCCCAACGUUCAUCAGGAACAGCGUCUGGGGGGUGCACUGCCAGCCUUCGCUCCUACUAAUAUUGAGACCAUCAUUGACCCAGCAUUGCCAGACAGAUGGGCCCAUUGGCAGAAAGAGAUGGCUAGUGAAGUUGUGAAUCUCGCACUUCGGUGCACAGAUUCUCUAUUGAAUAGGCCUUCAUCUAAAAUAGUGUCACAAGAACUGGAUAGGAUUAUCGCAAAUAGAAUGGAACGCCUCCAAGAAUAGAAUAGAAAGAAACGUCGAGCUAAACAAAUAGUCCGUCCCCGA